AUGCGCGAGGGGAGGAGGGAGGAGGAGCGGGUCGGAGAGGGUAGGACCGACCGAACCCGCUUCUUUCGCAACGUGUCAUGUGUCCAAGGUUUGCCCUAUGUCGAUAGUGAACACCUCGAUCGUACCGGUUACCACCACCACCCAAAAUACAUCCACCAGUUAUUGAGAGCAGUCGAGGACCGAAAGAAAGAACAAGAACGAAGGGACGAGCGGAAGAUCCAGAAGGAAAGAGAGGCAGAGGGAGAAGAGUUUGCUGAUAAAGACGCUUACGUUACAUCCGCCUACAAGCAAAAACUGCUGGAGCAGAAGGAGGAGCUGGAGAAAGAGAAAAGAGUGGCGGCGAUGGAAGCGGCUUUGGACGUGAAGAAACAAAAAGACCUGAGCGGCUUCUACCGGCACCUGCUGAAUCAGACAGUAGGAGAAGAGGCGAUACCUGAUCGCUCGGAAAUCAAAACUGAAAACUCCAAGGUUUCAAAAGACACGGAGAGGAUGUCACCUGUUCCCUCAUCUACAUCCCAUGACAAUAUCCCAAGUUCCUGCAGCGACAGUGAGGAGGGACAUGAGCAGAAAGCUGGGUUUAGCAAGCCGGGGGCAGGCCUCGCACACUCAAAACGUCAAUACAGACAGAGGUCACCUUCAUCGGGGAGCGCAGAGGAGAAGGAGAGAGAGAAGGAAAAAGAAAGACAUAAGAAGGGCCACAGAGAUCAAGACAGAGACCGAGCACGGGACAGAGACAGAGACAGAAACAGAGACAGGGGAAGAGAAAGGGAUGACAGGCAUGGAGGAAGAAGAGACGACAGGGACGGAAGGAGAGACAGAGACAGAGGCCGAGAUGAUGACAGAAGCAGAGGAAAGGAUACAGAGAGGGAAGACAGGCACAGGAAGAGGGAUAGGAGCCCUAGGGAGAGAGAGAGGGAUAGGAAUGGGGAAAGAGAGAUGAAGAGGAAUCCAGAUGAAGACAAGCGAAAGGACAAAGUUCAGGAAGAAGAGAAGGAGGGAAAGAAGGGACCAGAAAAGGAGAAAGAAGUGAAGAGGGAAGAAAAAGAUCCUGAAGAGAAGGAAGCAGAAAAGGAGAAAGAAGUGAAGAGGGUAGAAAAAGAUCCUGAAGAGAAGGAAGCAGUCAGAGAGGACACAGGGGAAAAAGACGACGACCAGAAUCAAGAAGGUGAGGGGAAAGAGGAAACCACGGAGGAGAAAGGAAACAAGUUUGCAAAGCGCAGCACGGAUCAGGCUGUGAGUACGGCCAGAGAGAGAUACCUGGCCAGACAGAUGGAACGCUCAGCCUGUAAGACGUACAUCGAGAAGGAGGAGGAUUGAUGGCUGUGCAAAUCAACUCUAUCUCAAUAACUAGGAGGGUUGAUUCAAACAGCUGAGUGUUGAUGGCCUCUAGUGACGAGAGAGAAAGAGAGAACUGGACAGUAAUAUCUUUCUUUCUUUGGGACUUACAUCUGUGGAGUUCUGAUUUAUAAUUGUGAAAUAAGGACACUGACUUGUAAGUAUGAGUUUUGACGGAGAGCCCCUCGUAACAUAACACAGGAAUGAGGAGAAUGUACAUAAGAAACAUUAUAAUGUGGAGGAAAUGUAGAACAACAUGUGAGCCACUGGUUUGAACACUUGUUGAGUUUUUGUAUCUUUCCAAUGUAGUCGGUGAUGAGUUAAUAAAAUGAUUUCUGGUC